AUGAGCGACACCACCAUCUCCAUUCUCCGCGCAAUCGCAACAAUCGCACCAGCUAUAUACACCGGUUUCACAUUCGCCUACACCCACGUCGCCAUGCCCCCCUUGACAACGCACGCCCCACCCAAACUCCUCGCGAAACAAUGGUUUCAAGCCUACGAAUUUGCGCCCGCCUACGUAGGCCCAAUGAUCCUCCUCGGUGCCUCUAGCAACGCCCUGCUCGCCUGUUUCACGUCUUCGUCUUCGUCGAUAAUAGCAAAGGGACUAUACAUUGUUGCAGCGGGUGCAAUGGCUAGUGUUGUACCGUAUACGAUGCUGUAUAUGGAGUCUGGGGUCAACGGCGCGGGCAAGUGCAAGGUACAGGAACUAUUGCGUGAGGAGGGGUUUCUACUAAAGGCAAAAGGUAAAGGUAAAGUGACGGAUUGGGAUAGUGCGAGUGAGAGGGCAAGGAGGUGGGCAGAGACUGUGGAUAUGAAGGUUAUUGUGCAGACGUGGGCGAGGACGAAUGCGUGGAGGUACAUUAUUAGUGGGGUUGCUACAGUACUUAGUGCGGCUGCUACCGUGUUUGUAUGA